AGCUGUUCUUUCCGUAAGCUCCAUCUCUACUGUUAUGCUAUAGCUCUGUCUGAUAUCGUUAUUUUCAAUCUUUUUGCUGUUGUUUCUAUAAUACAAAGUCAAAAGCAAUCUCAAAUCUCUUAAUUUCGAUUUCUAAUUGUUUCUCCAGAAUCACUGAAGCCUCUGUUUCAGAUGUUCAUGUCCUCCUUAUUCCCACUCUUUCUUAUAUAGAUAUAUAUUAGUAAUAAAUUAGUAUAUUACUUUGGUUGUUCGUUGCGGUUUCUCUAUGAACUGAAAGAUUUUACGGGAGUUCAUGUUUCCAUCGUCAUCCCUUUGGUCAAGCUAGCUCGACUCGGUGGAAAUUAUAAAUUGGUGGUACAUUACUCCACAAUACCUCGAGCUCAAGAAAACCGAAUUGCUCAAGGAAUAGAAUGCAAGCCAAGAUUAGUGCCUUCUUCAAGCCUGCUGCACCCAAAACCCCUGAUCCACCUCAAAUUUUCGAUCAAACUGAAGGUGAAGAUGCAUUGCCCUCCGAAAAGCCCAUCUCGGAAAUUCUAGUUACAUAUAGGCGUCGAACUCCGAAGACGGAUUACUACUGCAAUGAUGAAUGCAAAGAGCCAAGGAUUGAGGAGGCCUCAGUUGAUUUAAAUCCAACUGAUUGUCCUGUAGAACCAGCCCCUGGCUCAGAUAGACUCCUAAACAAGAAGAGAAGUUAUGCUCAGUUUCAUUUGGAGUUUGGGCAGUCUGACUUCCUUCUCCAUACUUGCUCUGUAUGUGGGCUAAAAUAUGCUCGUGGCGACGAAGGAGAUGAGAAAGUUCACAAGGAAUUUCACAGGAAUUAUACUCAGGGACUCCAGUUCAAGGGCUGGCGCAAUGAAAGAGUCAUUCCAGUGCCUUCUGUUGAUGGGGCCCGCAUUAUUAUGAUGUUAGAUGGUGACCCACCUGCUCAAAGAAACAAGGUUCAGGAAGUAGUGAAGAUGAUGGAAGUGGAACUUGGAUUGACAGAUGACUGGCUUAUUCAUAAAUUUUGCAAGGUUUAUCUGUAUAUUCUCUCUCAGAGGAUUGCUGGUUGCCUAGUUGCAGAACCAAUAAAAAAUGCCUACAGAGUUCUCUCAGAUUCAGUGGCUCUAAAAAGAUCGGGUGGUAACAAUGCUGAGAAGUCUAAAUCAAAAAAUCCCAUACUUCAAUUUGGAGAUGUUAAUUUUCAGAGGGAAUAUACAAAAAGAGUCCCCUGUGUUAAUAGUACUGGAAGGACUGAGGGGGAAAUAAAUGGAGCAAUGUUUUGUGAAAAGGAAGCUGUACCUGCUCUCUGUGGUAUUAGAGCAGUUUGGGUUACACCCUCAAACAGAAGAAAACGUAUUGCUACUCAAUUACUGGAUGCUGCAAGGAAGAGCUUCUGCAUGGGUUUUGUCAUGGAACAAUUUCAGUUGGCAUUCUCUCAGCCAACUGCUGCUGGAAAGGCAUUGGCAUCCAGUUACAGUGACCGUGAAUCCUUUUUAGUCUACAAGUCUGGUAGAUUGGUUUAAUAAUUGUUAUUAAAUUUUGUAAUAGUUUUUCAAUUCUUCCCUGGAUUUUCCAUGAAAUGGCUGUAGAACAUGGAAACUCUGGUCAAUUUAACCAUUUUCAUUAACUGUUAAUAUCCUAAUUCAAUAUCAAACAUCAGGUUGAAACUUGAAA